GCGGCGGCGAGGUCAGUCCGUCAACGUUGUUCUCGCGAUCCGGUCGUGUCCGCCGUGUUCCGCGUCACGAUCGUCUGCGUCCAAGCAUCGCGUUCUCCACGACCAAGUUCAACGAGUUCGACGAAAAAAAAAUAAAAACAUCCCUCUCGCGCGUACCGUUUUUCCGACCGUGUCUCGACCAGUGCCGCAACGUUACUAACCUAUGUGGCUGUACGAAUACCGUUGCAAACGUGCGGCCGAACCAUCGAAGAAAUGACCACCGCGGCGAUCCCCAGGCUCAGGGCCGCGCCUCCUCCGUUCCGGUGCAAUCGGCUGUUGCUGCUGCUGCUGACCCUCGCCAUCGCGUCGUCCCGAGCGUCCGACAGUUGCGACUGGAGCGGAAGCGGCCUCAUUGACUCAUCGGAACACUCGGUGCGGCCCGUCCGACUGGACAAGUGUUGGGCGGGUAAGGUGCGGUGGUUGUAUCCGCGCGGCGCGCUCAGGGUGGUGUUCCGGUUGACCGGCGCCAACGGUGGCCGCGAAUUUCGCGUGUGCCUCAAACCGGACAGGCUGGACGGCGUGCGCGUACUGCUGGACAGCGCGCCGCGACGCCUGAUCGCCGUGUACGAUUACCAGUCGGCCGAUGGGCCGGCCGCGCCCUUGCGGUCCCGGUGCUUCAAGAGCGUCGGCGGCACGGCCGCGUUCUACGUGGAAGCGGACAAGACGAGCGAUCGGUCCGGUCCCGUCAGGUUCCGCUACGAUCUCGAACCCCUCGCCACGCCGGUGCCCGAACUGUUCGUGGCCGACAACCUCGACGACGAAUGUCGACCAUGUACUGUAGAGGAAAUGACACAAGCUUACUGCACGAGUAGCUUAGUGGUACAAGGCACCAUAGUAGGCGUGUCUUACGACGGAGACGUAUCGCGUGUUCGCGUGAUGCCCACCAAAGCACACCGCCUGCCACCCGAAGAAGACGACCGCGUGCAGGAAGAAGGACGUUACGAAAAGCCGAUGACGAUCACUUUUGGCAGGGGCUGUAGACCCGCGGUCGGUCCCGGCGAGUUUGUGUUCAUGGCAAGGACCAAAUUUGACGAAUUGGCCCUGCGUUGCGCGCCUAGGCUGGAGGAAUGGAGGCAAGCCAUCAAGGCGGACAAGGCGCCCGGGUGCAUCCUGGCCAGUUAACCGCUAGUGUGUGAAUGUGUACCUAGAUACUGUUACAGGGUUACCAAAACCGUUGUUGAAUUAAGUUGUUUAUAUAAUAUACACCUAAGUCAUAUAUUUAAACAUUAAAGUAUAGCCAAAUAGCUUUUGUAAGAAUCGUUUGGAGACAGUGGAGGUCGCGGAGGGAAUGUGCAGUACGUUUGUACGGGGAAUUUGUUUUUCGUACUUCUAAAAUACAUUUGACCAUGUACACUUCGUCUUGUACAAGGUUUUUCAGAAAUUCUGUUGUGGUUGGGAAAAAAAUUAAAUUAGAUAAUUUUCUUGGCGUUGAAAGAUUCAUGGCUGUGAUCUGAAUCGUUAUCUUAAGGCAACGAGGAAAAAAAUAUGAAUGCGUAUAAAUACUCACGUGGUAUUAACAUAAAAACUCGAUGUUAAGUCGUCUAUAUCUGUGUGUGUAGGAGAGAGAAUGCUGUACAUAAUAAUUUCCUACCGACGGUAGCUUCUGCAUUGCUACACAUAUUUUAUGUAAUAAUAAUAAUAAUAAUAGAUGAUGAUUGUUAGCUUGAAGAUAUUAAUGCUCGAUGGGGCGAUGGACCAAGGACGUGUAUAUAAAUCCAUUUCUCUGCCUAUAUAGAAAUCGGUUUAAAUCCUAGCAUGUGUAUGAAUAUAUAUAUACCAUACACGUUUUAUUGACACUUUUUUCGAAUAAUUUUUCCAUUAGAUUAUUUGUAGCUUGUCUAAUUCGUUUACUAAGGCUAAUCGUGCCGAAUGCGUUUUUUCUCCCAUGUAGCGGAUGUCACGUAUUUCGCCCAACAUCAAAAUCAAAAAGUUAUUUUACUCCCAUUCAACCUCCUCUACGAAUGCUUUACAAUUUAUAUCUUAUUAUAUGUGAAUCUAUGUGCCAAACGUUAAAAAUUAAAACAGGAUUUUUUUUUUCAUUUAUCA